AUGGUUCUUACUAUUCCCGAGAAACCACUUGAACUUCACCGUCGUCGCAAAAUCUUGCUCGCUUACGAUAACUCUGAUUUCAGCAAGUUUGUCUACCAACAUGCCUUGGAUAACAUCUUAAUUCCUGGAUACGAUCAUGUCCAUUUGGCCACUGUAGUAGACGAAGAACAAUCCGCUUGGUUAUCUACACACACCUCCCGUGCUCAGAAUGCUGACAGCGAAACGACAAUGCUAGUUCAUAAUGAACUGGGUCCAUUACUUCUUCUCCUACAGAAGAGAUGCGGUUAUGCGAUUAAACGCUUGCCUGAAAAGAGGAAAACUAACCGACGCUUGUCGUUCACCGACCACCAAGAUGCAUCGGACAUGUUGAAGCCUUUAGCACAAGAAUUGGCUUCCAAAGGGAUUACCGCAAACUUUUAUAUCCUGAAAGGAGAUCCCAAAGUCCAACUUGUCAAACUCGCUUCACAUACUCAUGCGGAUAUGUUUAUUAUCGGAACUCGAGGUCUUGGGUUAUUGAAACGUAAUCUCAUCGGAAGCGUAUCAGAAUAUGUAGUUCGUAAUGCUGACUGUCCUGUGCUUGUAGUCAGAAAGAAGGGAGAGAAAGCAAAAGCUGCUAGCCGACCAGACUCUCCGACAGCCGAAUCCUCAACGGCCAAGAAAGCACUCCAGGCUCCUAUUUCGCUUGUCAGAUAUUGGACUAAAUAA